CGGCUUUCGGCGUCCCUAGGAGACAGUUGGUGUCCUUGUGGCCUUGUUGUGUCUGGGUUCACAUUUUCCUCCAUCCAGAGCAUGGGCUGAUUCAACUGUGGCUGACAGCGAACGUUCAGGCUGACAGGUGCCCUGGGAGGGGCCAUGGUGCCAAGGCAGCUGUUGGGAAAACUGAAGCAGCCAUUUCUUUUCCUGAGCAGUGCCUCCCUCCUCCUGGGGCUGGCUUUACUGGUCAUACAGCCUAAUGUCGCCCCUGUUGCUUACUUCUUCCUCUGCUUGGCUGGCUUCUGCUUUAUUGCCUGCCUCCUGGCCUGUGCUAUGGAACGGUGCCUCCAAUCAAGCUCAAGGCAGACUGAGAAUCCAGAGGCCUCAGGCAAUGCACAAGACAAUGAAGCUUUUGAGGUGCCAACCUAUGAACAGGCCGUAGUGGUGAUGGAUUCACAAUCACAACGACACCUCCAAGAGCUGGAGCAACCACCUCCUUACAGCAGUAUCAUAAUAUCCCCAGGAGUUGAGGGGGCACAGCCUAACCAACCAGAGAGGCCCAGCACAGGCAGUCUGAAAAGGCGAGUAGGCUCAGAGGGGACAAUGACUCCCAGAGGAAACCCUGGAAGAGCUCUUCGACUUAGGGGUCCACGAGUUGUGUCCACAGCUCCUGAUCUGCAAAGCUUGAGAGUGGCCCCCAAACUGGAGCCUAAUACUCCACCCCCUGACUAUGAAUUCUGUUUUGCUCACCCUGAUGAUGACAGUGUUUUCUAUGAGGAUAAACGGAUACUUCCCUAAGCGAUGCUCUCAGAACCUAUCAUCUGUGCACUCAUUUGCCCAGCAUUUCCUAAUAUCUAUUGAAUCAAAACUGGUUUUGCUCGGACAUCACAGUUGAGGCCUUCAGAGCAGCGGGGAGUUGGGCUUCGGCAUAUCCUUCACAGUUGAGAUAGAAAUGGCACACCUGGAUUCUUCUGGAAACAUUCUGGAGCCUACCUGAUGACCAGUAUUUCCUGCGUAAGGUGGAAGAUGGGAGAGAUAAGUUGCCAACAGAAGCUGGAGAGAUACCUCUGAGUGACAGCUGAGUUUCUUCUAUUGCAGACAGCAAGUCUCGCUAAGAUUCCUGAUGGGGUAUUACCUACCAGGAUAAUGAGAGAUUCUAAGGGUGAGGGGUGCUGAAUCGUUUGCACAAGAACGGGAUGCUAGUAAAAACAUAAAAAUAACUCGAAUCAAA